AUGCAUGUUGCUCGAGUUAGGGCGCGGGGGCUAUACACACUUCAAUUCUCUUUGAGCUACUCAAGGAGAUUAUUGAGUUCAUCCGCGUAUUCAUCCUCACCUCGACCCGCAACAUCAGAAGAAAGCACAAUGUUCAAGAAAGCCGUCAAAGAUCACCCGGGCGGAGGUCCGAAACCUCUUCAACAGACCGACCUUUUACGCACGAAUGCAUCGGCUCCACCGAAAUCGCAACCUCAAUCUACUGGUGUCAAGCGAAAGAUCGAGACCGAAUCGUCACUAGGCUCUCUCCACAGCGCAGUUUUCUUCACUGAAAACGACUUCGACGAUGAUAUCGACUUUGACGAGCCACAGCCACCAAUUGCACCGAGCUCUGCAAGCAUCAUCACAUCCAAGCCAGUCACUUAUCCAAGUCUGGACACACAACCCGACAUUGACUACCCAGAACUUCCCUCCGUUUCCCAAGAUGCACUGGCCCCUCCAAGUAGCAUGCCAAUGCCAUGGUCGUCAUCGCCUCCCUCCCAUUACCAGCCGCCCGUUAACAAACCCCGAACUCUUCCGUGGAGUAGAGAGGCCAAGGAACCAGUCGUGGCCAAGAACGAGAGUUUUGUGACACCGAAACAAGGUGUUACGGCAGGAAUACAAAAAGACUCAAAAACCUGA